UCUCUCUCUCUGUCUUAAUCAAAACUUUAUCUUUCAUUGCCCAAAUCCCUCUGAAUCCAAGUCUUCUGUUUUUCUCACUGACAGUCGAAACCUAGUUCACUUUUUGACUCAGUUUCUAUUCUUCUUCUUCUUCUUCUUAGUUGCAAUUCUUCUUAGUUGCAAUUCGUUUAUUCAAAUCCCUUCAGAAACUCCCCAAAAACACAAGCAAAAAAGGGUGACCAAGAUAUGGGUCGUUUUUGGACGUUGAUCACCCAUGUUCACGUACUUGCUGGGCCAGCUACGAUGCUGUUGUACCCCUUAUAUGCAUCGGUAAUAGCAAUAGAAAGCCCAUCAAAGGUGGAUGAUGAGCAGUGGCUUGCUUACUGGAUCCUUUAUUCAUUCCUCACUCUCAUGGAGAUGCUCCUCCAACCCAUCCUACAAUGGAUACCAAUAUGGUAUGAUAUAAAGCUAGCAUUUGUGGCAUGGUUGGUUCUGCCACAGUUCAGGGGCGCAGCUUUCAUAUAUGAGAGGUUUGUGAGAGAGAAACUCAGGAAAUAUGGAGCAACAGAUCCUCCCCACAAGUCUCCCAAUGGCAAGAGCAAGGGCAAAAAAAAGUUUGUGGACUUUAUUACCCCCAAGAAAGGAGAGCACGAGGCUUAUUGAAGACGAAAGGAGGAGAGGGUUCCACACUUUUUUCUCUAAGGGCUUGUUUGGAUUUCCUUGUUUCUAACAUCACUCUUUUGCUUUGGUUUGGUCUUUUGUACUAAUCUCAACCUUUUGUACAAGUUUGCAAGACACUUUUAAUUUGUAACUGUUCCAUGGACUUGUAACUAAUUAGCCAAAUGCAUGGCUAUAAUCUUUGAUAUCACAAUCCUUGAGAAAAA